AGGAUCAAAUCAGAAACCAGGACGGCUUCUCUAAGUCAGGGACGUCCCUGGAAAAUAGGGACACUUGGAGCAUCUGCAAGCGCCUUGUCAUUAACUGAAUAGAUCUCUUCCAGCUAUUUUGUAGAUGGAACACUCUCACAUCGUUGAGAUGUCUGCCAUAUGGCUUUGCACUCCUCAGUUCAGACAUGUGCAUAGUCAUAUUGGUUAUGUAGUUGCUGAUCAUUCUUCAUGUUAAAAGAGCUGAAGCUUUUAAACAGAACGGUUUUGAAACCCUACUUAUGAUGCUAGUUUUUCUAAGGACAUAAAUGCACAAGCCUAUUGCAGGUGGCCCAGAGUGACUUCACCUGCCCUUUUUCUCCCUCCCGCUGUGCAUGUUAAAUGAGACACUCGUGAAACGUGAACUCCUGCUUCGUGAUUACAAUCAGGUGAACAGCCGGCAUCCGCCACCCCAUCCUGAGAAGAACAGAGGGUGUACCUACUACAAUGCGAAUGUUUAUUUGAAACCAACCUGUCUGGAGCUUUGAAAGCUCCAUGAGGCCCAGUGACACAGUUUCAGAGUCCAGUCCAGGCUCCACAGCCACACAGUCAGGGGUGCCAACUCAGGUGGUCCAGCAAGUCCAGGCUACUCAGCAGAGGUUAUUGGUCCAAGCUAGUGUGCAGACGAAGCCUGGAACGGUAUCACCUCUACAGCUCACAAGUGUACAAGUACCCCAGCAGCGGCUGGUGGUACAGAGUACUUCACAGGCUAGUAAAGGAGGAGCUGUUGCGCUGGCAGUCCAUGGUGUGCAGCAGGUCCACUCUUCACCUGAGCGCUCCCCUGUCCAGAACAGCAGCUCUGCUGCUAAACCGGGACAAGUGCAGCAGCUCCAGGUUCACGGAGUCCAGCAAGUGCCUGUAGCACAAGAGAGAUCUGUUGUGCAGACAACUCCCAAAGCAGGCACAGUGCAGCAGCUGGCAGUGCAAGGACUCCAGCAGGUUCAUGUUACUCAAGAGAGUGCAGACAGUGGCCCUUCUAAGAGCAAUCAGCAGUCGCAGCAGCAAGAGCAACAAGGAGUGCAGCAAGGUCUCUCCCUAGAGUGCAGCAGCAGCAGCAGCAGCAACAGUGCACCCCAGCUGGCCAGCUGCUGUUUAUCUGGCCCAGAGCACAGGCUCCACUACAUGCAUUCUCUAGAUUCUGCCUCGGAGCAGUGGGUGGAGCUGGUCCGCAUGCUUCCUCAACCGCUCCUCCUGCCACAACAGAAGGUGGUGAUAGAGCAGCUGCCAUUCCUCUCCUCUCAUCACUCCAGCCCUGACCAGAGAGUCAAGAUUCAGAGAGUCCCUCAGGUGCUAGUGUUUGGAACAGCAGCUACAGCACUUAAAGUGCAGCAGCUCCAGCAGGUACCUGUGCAGCAUGUCUAUCCCAACCAGGUGCAGUAUGUGGAAGGAGGUGAUGCCAGCUACACAGCAAGUACCAUACGCUCCAACACUUACCCUUACACGGAAACCCCUCUCUACACUCAGAACACUGGCGCAAACUACUAUGAAUCGCAAGGCACCCCAACCCAGGUCUCCACCCCAGCAACCUCCCAGACUGUGGCCAGCAGUGGGUCAGUGCCCAUGUAUGUCUCUGGAGGGCAAAUCAUAGCCAACCCAAGCGGAGGCAGCAGUGCUGGAGGAGGAGGAGGUGGAAAUGGAAAUGGUGGUGGUGGUGGCAGCACUGGUGGCGGCGGUGGAGGAGGCAGUGGCAGCAGCAGCACCGGGACCUAUGUGAUUCAAGGAGGUUACAUGCUGGGAAGUUCAAGCCAGUCGUACUCGCACACCACUCGUGCCUCCCCUGCAACUGUCCAGUGGCUGUUGGAUAACUACGAGACUGCGGAAGGUGUAAGCCUUCCACGGAGUACCUUGUAUUGCCAUUACCUCCUGCAUUGCCAGGAGCAGAAACUGGAGCCAGUCAAUGCAGCUUCCUUUGGCAAGCUCAUCCGCUCAGUGUUUAUGGGACUUCGCACACGCCGGCUUGGAACCAGAGGAAACUCCAAAUACCACUACUACGGGCUACGCAUCAAAGCUAACUCCCCGUUGCUGCGGCUCAUGGAGGAUCAGCAACACUUGGCCAUGAGGCAACAGCCCUUUUCUCAGAAGCAAAGGCUCAAACCCAUUCAGAAGAUGGAAGGCAUGACCAAUGGAGUGGCUGUCGGGCAGCAGCAAGCCUCGGGGCUGUCUGACAUCAGUGCCCAAGUACAACAGUACCAGCAAUUCCUGGAUGCCUCUCGCAGCCUGCCUGACUUUGCAGAGAUAGACCUACAAGGGAAGUCCCUCCCUGAGGGCAUUGGAGCCGAAGAUGUGAAGUCUUUCCAGUCGCUCUAUCGAGAGCAUUGCGAGGCCAUUGUUGAUGUGAUGGUAAACUUGCAAUUCACACUGGUGGAGACACUCUGGAAGACUUUUUGGAGGUACAAUUUGAACCAGCCCAGUGAAGCCACCCCCAUCGAUAUUCAAGACGAAGCAGAGAAGCGUCUCCCAAAGAGCUGCUUGGUGACACUGUCCAAGUACGAGCCUGUCCUCAAAUGGACGAAGGACUGUGACAACUUGCUGUACCAGGGGCUGGUAGAGGUCCUGAUUCCAGAAGUGCUCCGGCCCAUUCCGAGUGCCUUGACGCAAGCAAUCCGAAAUUUUGCAAAAAGUUUGGAGAGCUGGCUGACGAAUGCCAUGAUGAAUAUUCCAGAAGAGAUGGUCCGCGUUAAGGUUGCAGCAGCAAGUGCCUUUGCCCAGACGCUGCGGCGUUACACCUCCCUCAACCACCUUGCCCAGGCUGCCCGGGCUGUUUUACAGAACACUGCCCAAAUCAAUCAGAUGCUGAGUGAUCUCAACAGGGUGGAUUUUACUAAUGUCCAGGAGCAGGCCUCAUGGGUAUGUCGGUGCGAGAAUCGUGUGGUGGAGCGCCUUGAGCAGGACUUUAAGAUGACUCUGCAGCAGCAGAACUCUCUGGAACAGUGGGCCGUGUGGCUGGAUGGCGUGGUCAGCCAGGUCCUCAAGCCCUACCAUGGCAGCCCCAGCUUCCCCAAAGCCGCCAAACUCUUCCUCCUCAAGUGGUCCUUCUACAGCUCUAUGGUGAUUCGGGAUCUGACCCUGCGGAGCGCAGCCAGUUUUGGCUCCUUCCAUCUCAUCCGCCUCCUCUAUGACGAGUACAUGUACUACCUGAUAGAGCACCGUGUGGCCCAGGCCAAGGGAGAGACUCCCAUUGCUGUCAUGGGAGAGUUUGCAAACCUGACGAGCUCCUUGAACCCCUUGGAUCCGGAUAAAGAUGAGGAAGAGGAAGAGGAAGACGAGAGUGAUGAAGAAAUGCCCCAAGAAUUAUCUCUCAGCUCCAACGAGUCCAGCAGCUUAACAGCAGAGUCUAUGGAGCCACCUUCGAAGCUGGCACGGACAGACUCCCGGGGCAUCUUUGUACAAGCGCUGCCCUCCAGUUAAAAAGCAGCGCAGGAGGGACUGACUACCAAGUGGCCGGCAGGAGGCCAGGAUGCACCUUGCGCUGCGUUGCGCUGCCCUGCGAUAAAGAUGAGCUGUUCCCUAUCUCCAA